AUGCAUUUCCCCAGCCUAACCGCCAUCCUCGCCGGCUUGAUCACCACUGUGACCGCCGACGGCAUGUCCGUCUACUCCAAAUGCCUCCCGGCUCAGGGAUCAACUGCCCGGAACGCGUGGGCCUCUGGUAUACCGACUUUGGGCUGCACAGGAUUGAUGCCCGGGGAGGGUGCUUAUACAACGACGCUACUGGAGUGCCGGGGAUUUAUGAGCUUUGUAUUGUUCGGUCGAGGGAAAUUUUUUGCCGUUUUCGGACUCGCUUGCAGGGUGUGUGGUUAA